UUUUUUUUUUUUACUGUUGUCUUUAGGUUAUGCCAGAAUCUUUAGAAUUACCAGCGGAAUAUGCGCGUUACCACCGACUACUUACAAUUGGGAAUUUUACUGCUAGCUUAUCGUCCCAGCAACAAAAGGCUCUAGGCAGAUUCCAGAGGAGACUACCCAGAGUGCCGCUGGACCGGAGACCAAAAAGGAGCUGGAGAGAGUGGAGGCGGAACUGGAGCAAGAUAGGCAACCCCCCCCCCCCCCCCCCAAGGGAAGCCCCACCCUACUGCGGAAGUGCAGUGAAUGCCAUCUGUGAUGAACUCUCAUGAAGCCGCACACGGGAGCUGACGUCCACAGUCCGCAGGAGACACCACUGCAGACCCAGGACAGUAGAGGAGCAGGGUCUUCUUCAAACACUGGAGACUUACCCUCCCCCUGACCCAAAUAACAUCCCACAUCAGUCACCAGCAAUGUCCAGUCGCAGGAAAUCCUCCACCCCCUGCAUGAUCCGGGUUAGUGACAUAAUAGAGCAGGAUGACUCUGAAGAAAUGGAAGUGUCCACUGCCAAUGUGACCAACAAUGGGUCUUCAGAGUCUGUGGAAAAUCAAGACCAUACAGUACAAGACACUAUAGAAGAUCUAGGAAGUGAGAUUGAAACAAAAGUUGUGGCGGAAGCUGAUCCUAUGCCCCAACUGAGGCAGCAUGGAAGUUAUGAGUGCAAAUACUGUCCUUUCUCCACCCAGAAACUCAAUGACUUCAAAGAGCACGUAGACUCCAGUCACCCCAAUGUCAUACUCAACCCCCUCUAUCUGUGUGCCGUGUGCAACUUCAGCACCAAAAAGUUUGACUCUCUUACAGACCACAAUGAGACCCAACACCCUGGAGAGACCAACUUCAAGUUCAAGAGGGUAAAAAUAAAUAACCAGACUAUCUUGGAGCAGACAAUCGAAGGCAAGACCAAUUCAGUUCUCUGCAAUACUGUAGACGGACAAGGCGUUGUCACUUUUCCACCGAGCAAACCAAUUACGGGGAAUAUCGGAAAGCCAAACAUGGACAACAUACAGUCCCUCUACCAAGGGAAUGAUUUGGAAAAGAGGUUGGAAAACUUUAUUCCAAAAGAUCAAAUCACAGCUGUGAACAUAAACGGCACAAUGAUCAUCCCUGAACCAACAAUCAUUCAAGGGCUUUCGUAUGUAAUGCCAUUGCUUCAAAGACCACCCAACUUCUGUUCUGUACCAACAAUUGCUGUUCCUCUGAACUCUACUAAAUAUAAUCCUUCACUGGACAAUAACACAACCCUAAUGACAUCUUUUAACAAAUUCCCUUACCCAACCCAUGCUGAGCUGUCCUGGCUAACUGCUGCGUCCAAGCACCCAGAGGAGCAAAUAAAGGUGUGGUUCACUACCCAACGGCUAAAGCAGGGCAUCACCUGGUCACCAGAGGAAGUCGAGGAAGCCAGGAAGAAAAUGUUUAAUGGCUCCAUCCCACCCAUACAUCAGACCUUCACCGUUCUGCCUACCCCAAUUUCUCAGCCUGCCAAAGCCACCCAGCCCCUUAUUCAGACUAGCUUUGGGCAGUCUAAUCUAGUACUGACAAGUAUUGCUAAUGGAUCAACCAUGACCUGUGCUCCUGUUGCAGUGACUGUAGCCAGUUUUGUGCAACCUCUCAAGCGACCCCUGACAACUCCUUCAUUCGCCCCAGAAUUAAAGCGCCCCAUGGCGGCCCCUGCAGAAGACCCAAAGGAGAAGAUACUAAUGGCCCCUCCUCCAGUUCCACAAAAAGAGAGACUUCCCAUGGCCCCACCCCCAGUGCCCCCAGAAUUAAAGAGAUCUGUAGCAUUUCCUAUUAUCGCCUCGGAGAUGAAAAGGUCCUUGGCAGCACCUCUCAUGGUUUCUAAAGGAAAACUGCCCUUGGCCACUCCACUUGUGAACCCCAAAAACAAGCUGCCAAUGGCACCUUCUCCAGUCUUCCCUAAGAUGAAGAGACCUAUUGUCACCCCUCAAUUCAAGAGUUACAUGCUGCCUCCUCCUUCAUUAGUUUCCAAAGACAAACUUCCAAUCACCCACUCUCUAUUGGCUUCAGACUUAAAGUUACCAAUCUCACCCCCUCUCAUUGCCCCUCAAGUGAGGAGGCCAACAAUAAUCCAGUCCGUGUGGACUCCCCUCAAGGGCCCGUUCCAACUCCCUAGCUUUUACCAAGACAGCAAGAAAACAAAAACGCAAAUAACAGAGAUGAAGGCCAGAUAUGUCAGAGGACGUCUCUCAGAGGACAAAGUGCUCACCCCUCUUGGGGAAGCCAAUGGUGUCUCUCGUGGAGAUGCAAAGUGGGUUCAUGACCAAGGGCCUCAUGCACAGAACGGCAUUCUACAGUUGUACAACGAGCUAGCAUCAAAACCAGAACAGCAACAAUCAGUUCAGACUCAAUUUCCACUCUUGGAGAGAAUGAAAGGGAAGACUUCUGAGCAGUUGAAGAUUCUAGAAGAGAACUUCCAGAGAAACAGCUCUCCAACAUACAAUGACGUUGACAAUCUAGUGACUGCAACCCAACUGUCGCGGGAGGAAAUUGACAGCUGGUUUUUAGAGCGCCGGGCGCUGCGUGACAACCUUGAACAAGCUCUUCUAAACUCCAUGGGCUCAAAGAGACUCAACGUUGAUAAGCGUCAGCAACAACACGGACCGCUGAAUGGUGUGCACAAGCAAGGUGGCCAUCCAAGAAGCUCUCCCUUUGCCAUCAUUGCCCCCACCACCACUUGCUCAGUGCCUCUAGACAGCAAAUCCUUGGCUCUUCUGAAGGAUGUUUUUGCACAAACUCGGUGGCCUUCCCCUGAAGAAUACAAUCAGCUUGAGGCCCAGACAAGCCUGGGUCGCACAGAAAUCGUCCGCUGGUUCAAGGACAGUAGGUCAGCACUGAAGAGUGGGACCUUGGAGUGGAUGGAGUUUUUCCAUAAACUGAACAGCAGUGGGCAAAAUGGCGAGGGGGCGCUACUGAGCACGGAGAAUGCUUUCAGCAUAAUCCAGCGCUACCAGGAAGUAAAGGCACCCAAGGUGGAGGAUAUUGGGAGGCUAACGGAGCAUGCCAGUCUUAGCAGCCAGGAGAUCAAGGAAUGGUUUGCCAGCAAAUUGAGACAAAACACAUCUGAUAUCAGCCAGAAUUGUGGCCAAAAUGGAGGCUCUCGAGAGGGGUUCGGGAGCUGGAUGGAGGAAACCAAGGGGAUGGAUGCACGCAUGGGUGCUAAGGAGCUGGUCUCGGACAAAGACAGGAUGAUGGAGGAUGCUUCUGGAAGGGUGACUGGAUAAAGGGUGAGAACCGUUGCCACUGUCAGUUGCACACAGGAGCUGAAAAGGAAAGAGUUUAAUUAUUGAAUAUUGUAUUUUCUGAACAAAUUAUUUCUUGCUUGUUCCAUCCCAGUUUGUGCCCAACAUUUCCUCAAGGUUGAGUUAACUUUGUAGAACGUUUUCAAAAACAUGGUGGUAAUGUUGUGUGUGAUUUAGGAUGAGGUAGAAGGCACAGUGCACUGAAUGUGUACCUGAAGCACUGACCAGGUGGUGAUCGUUGAGUGCCAAAGCUGGAUUUGCUGUGUUAUUACACUUUUAAAAAAAGGGUUCUUGUAAAUAUAUUUUUUCUGUGUUGCUACAGAUUUGUACAAUUUUGGGGGAAUUUUGUUACAUUUUAUAAUGGGAGCAACUUGCCCCUUUUUUUCGCUCCAGCGGAUCUUAGUGGUCUGUCCUACAUUUUGUAAUGAAACACCAUGAACCACUACAACCGUUGGCAAUACUUCAGUCCAUUUUCCAAUGCUGAACUUCCGUUGCAGUUCCCUCCUGUCAGGUGGACUUAUAUCAAAUCAAACUAUUUACGGUUCUGAAGUGCUAUUGUACUCCCUGGACUCUAAGCCAACCUGCACUUUGGUAAGGAACAUGCUUGUUUGACCAAGUGAUGUUGUGGAUCAUUGUUAGAGAAAAGAAACGGUCAGUGGCAAAACCAGAAAGAAAUAAUCACAUUGAAACAAAUCCAGAAUCAUGCUGCCUGCCUGCAUCAUAGUUUAAUCUUUCUCUUUUGAUUUAUUUGUUGUCCUGCAAAUGAACAUACACAUCUGUAAUAGCCUUUAUACCUACGUACAUGUUGACUUAAUAGAAGUAGUGCUAGUUCCAUUCCGACAUUAGAAACAAACCAAUACAAGCUCUUUAUGUACCGCUUUAGUGUCAUGGUCAGGACAUAGUG